GUACAGCCAUCCUUCAUUGACUAUGGCGAUGGCUGCGUGCUGGCCAAAGGCUUCGACAACGAUCGAGCGAUUCAGGCCUAUGAGGCAGCACUGCAGGACAUGAUGGCAAAUGGAGGCUUUGCGAACCCAGCUGUGGGCCAAAUGUGCACUGGCCUUGCGACUCUCUACGACGCGAAGGCCGCAAUCACCAAAGAUCCGCAGUACUAUGACCGCUGUGUGGAGUACAUGAGCAUGGUGCAGACGGCGAUGCAGGUUGGACUGACUGAUCGCUGA